AUCAAUCAAUCCCCAAAAUGGCACGUACCAAGCAGACUGCCCGCAAGUCUACUGGAGGCAAAGCCCCCCGCAAGCAGUUGGCCACCAAGGCAGCUCGCAAGUCUGCCCCUGCUACAGGAGGUGUCAAGAAGCCCCAUCGUUACAGGCCCGGAACUGUCGCCCUUCGUGAGAUCCGUCGUUACCAGAAGAGCACUGAGCUCCUGAUCCGCAAGCUGCCCUUCCAGCGCCUGGUCCGUGAGAUUGCCCAGGACUUCAAGACUGAUCUCC